CCAUUGCCUCCCUCCUUCCACCAUUCUUUACUACUUCCACCACCACCACCUCCACCUCUCUCUAGAACGGUAGAACUCGGCCUCUUUCCCUCUUCACAAUGGCUGCGCCAUCGUCGACCGCGACGCCUAUCCUCAAGGACGAGCUUGACAUCGUGAUCCCCACUAUCAGGAACCUCGACUUCCUCGAAAUGUGGCGGCCGUUUUUUCAGCCGUAUCAUCUGAUCAUCGUUCAGGAUGGUGAUCCUUCGAAGACCAUCAAGGUCCCAGAUGGCUUCGACUACGAGCUCUACAACCGCAAUGAUAUUAACAAGAUUCUGGGCCCCAAGGCCUCUUGCAUUUCCUUCAAGGACUCUGCUUGCCGUUGCUUCGGCUACAUGGUCUCCAAGAAGAAGUACAUCUUCACUAUUGAUGAUGACUGCUUUGUUGCUAAGGACCCAUCUGGCAAACAGAUCAAUGCACUUGAGCAGCACAUUAAGAACCUUCUUUCCCCAUCCACUCCCUUUUUUUUCAACACCCUGUAUGACCCGUUCCGUGAAGGUGCAGAUUAUGUGCGUGGAUACCCUUUCAGUCUCCGUGAGGGUGUUCCUACUGCUGUUUCUCAUGGUUUGUGGCUCAACAUCCCAGAUUAUGAUGCACCAACACAGCUCGUGAAGCCACUUGAGAGGAAUACUAGGUUUGUGGAUGCUGUUUUGACCAUUCCAAAGGGCACCUUGUUCCCCAUGUGUGGUAUGAAUCUGGCAUUUGACCGUGAUCUCAUUGGCCCUGCCAUGUACUUCGGACUCAUGGGUGAUGGUCAGCCUAUUGGACGCUACGACGAUAUGUGGGCUGGCUGGUGUGUCAAGGUGACAUGCGACCAUCUGGGAUUGGGAGUGAAGACAGGUUUGCCAUACAUUUGGCACAGCAAAGCUAGUAACCCCUUUGUGAACCUAAAGAAGGAAUACAAUGGCAUCUUCUGGCAGGAAGAGAUUAUCCCAUUCUUCCAAUCAGUUUCCCUUCCAAAGGAUUGCACCACUGUUCAAAAAUGCUAUGUUGAGCUGGCCAAGCUAGUCAAGGAAAAGCUUGGGAAGGUAGACCCUUACUUUGUCAAGUUAGGGGAUGCCAUGGUCACAUGGAUUGAAGCCUGGGAUGAGCUCAACGCAGCUGGAGGUUCUGCCAAACGUCCUAAUGGCACUGCCUAAUAGAUUUUUUGAAUAUCUGUCUUUAUUUUCUGUUAGUUAAGGAAUCAAUAGUUCUCAACCACUGUUUAAUUUUGUCGCAGACCUAUUUGGUCAAAAAGCUUGGAUUUGCAAUUGAUGAAUGUAAUAUUUUUGUUGUACUCGUGCUAUGAGCUUAGAAAAAAAUAAAUAAAAGAUAGUUGAUUUAACAACAAAA